UUCGCGGCACUGAGCAGCAGUGAAGGCAGCUACACAGAGCUGAUCUACUGCUUUGAGUAGCUAAUGAGAAACACCAUCAUCCGAGGAGGAUCAUGGAAUAAAUAUGGCCCACAAUAGAAGCCUUUUUCUUGAAGCUUUGGAUAGGUCAGAGACGAGGCGAGAUGGAGGGUACAAGCACAACUGGAGCUUUUCUCACUCUGAUGACAGUGAAGAGGAAAGGAGACAUGAUGCGAGCGUGGUGAGCAUGGAGGAGAUGGACCGGGAGCCGCCCACCUCCCCCGAGGAGAAAAAGACUCCCACUCUUAGGCACUUCUCAGAUCCUAUGAGAACGUAUGGAAACCGGACAAAUAAUCACAUGAGGGCUCUGAACAGACUGGCUCCCAAACGGCCCAGCGAGGGUCCUCUCACAGUAGCAACUUCGCCCCCCAUGCCCAACAGAACCAACUACUUCAUCAUCAGACCUGCGCCGUCACAAGGAAUUGUUUUACAAGGACGACACUUCCAGCACGCACAGAUGCCCUCUACAAUAAGGAAGCCAGUCCAAAGAAGUGACUUCACCACACAACAGGCUGUGGAGCUGGACAGCAUCGUCCUCACGUGUCCCGAGACCCCAGAAGAGGAAUCCUUGAACAUUAAACGUCGUGUGCAGCAGAAGAGGAAACCGUUGGAGGAUUGUUGUAGUUUUCCUUCACAGGUCAAAGCAGCAGAGCCUCUCCGGCCGACCGUCUACCAGUCAGUCUGCGUGAAGUGUAACAAACCCAGUGUGGACAGCAAUAAGUGUCACACAUGUGGGAACGGCACCACCAUGCUUCCCUGUCAGCAGGUCACGCCGUCAUCCCCGACCCCCAGACCCCCCAUGAGAUCCCAGCCUUCCCCGGGACCAAACAGCCUGCCGCAGAACCUCUACAAACCGGCCACAACCAUGAGGGCGCCUCGCGGGGAGACCCUGCCGAUCCGCAUCAUGAGCACCAGAGGAUCCCUGACGCCUUUAAACAAUGGCAGAACUCCACUGUUAGCGGGGACGUCGAGCUGCUGCGGGGCUAGAAACCCUACCCCUAAAGGGAAGAGGACGGCAGCUCAACUCAAUGACCCCAUUGUCCUGUCCAGUGAUGAGGAGGAGGAGGCUGACAACGCCAGCACAGGGAGCGUCAACAGACUGGACAGUGUCUCUCCUAGACCCGCAGACUCGGCUCACUCCUCCCCAGCGCCCUCUGGAGGCCGAGUGGAGGCUGCAGUGAAGAGUCCAGGAGAGCAGGAGGACCUGGGUGCAGAGUUCUUCGAAGAUGUGAAUAUGAAGAUCACGAUACCACGGAGAGCACGGAUGAAGGACCAGUUUGGAAACCAGCCCCCGGAGCAGUUAACUCCAAAGACGAAGAAACCCAAAAUCUUGCCUGACAAGUGCGACAGCAUCAUCCUGGAGUGUCGCAGCGUAAGAGUUGGUACUCUGCGCAGGAUGGUGACCAAACCUGUGGUUUUUUCCAUCGACAACAUACAGCUGGAAACUGAAGGCUCGGAGCGCAACACCGUAGAGAAGGUUUGUCUGCAGGCGGCGGGGCUGAUCAGCUGUGAGUGGUGCAGCGUACGGAAACUUCCGGUCUUGUUCUUCCAGACGACUCCAGAGGAGUGCGUCCGUCUGCGUACGCAGCUCAACAUGUCAAAGGAAGAGGGAGGCCAGUGGUACGACUGUUCAGGAGAUCAGUCUGAUGAGAAGUACAUCGUUCUGAUCUUUGAGAACGGCCUGGGGAUGAAGGAGCAGAUGAUCCUGGAGGACAUACUAGGAGAGAUCGGCAGGGCAAACAACCUGAACAAUUUCCCCACCAAGCUGACCUUCGAGGAAGCCAACAUCCGAUUGGUCAACUACAACAAGGCCUCCAAACAGAAGGAGGAGAAGCAGAACCCGGCCCAAACCUCUCCUAAAGUUACCCACGUCUCCCUGGUCACCAAGGUUGCUCCAGUGGCCACCGUUACCCCGGUCACCAUGCAGACACGCACACGUAUGGCCACCCGGCAGCACACCAGCACCUACGAAGAAGAGGAUGAGGAGGACAUGACGGACCUGCAGCCCACUUUCUCUGGACCAAUAAUCAAAUUGAUGGUGUACCCUCCUCCUCCAGCCAAAGGAGGGAUUUCUGUCACCAACGAAGACCUCCACUGCCUUAACGAUGGAGAAUUCCUCAACGACGUUAUCAUAGACUUUUAUUUAAAAUAUUUAGUUUUAGAGAAAUUAAAAAAAGAAGAUGCACAAAGAAUCCACGUCUUCAGCUCCUUCUUCUACAAGAGGCUGAAUCAGAGAGAGCGGAGGAACGGACCGGACACCACCAACCUGCCGAUCCAGAAAAGGAAGCACAACAGGGUAAAGACGUGGACUCGGCAUGUGGAUCUGUUCCAGAAGGACUUCAUUUUUGUCCCCAUUAAUGAGUCAGCUCACUGGUACCUUGCCGUCAUCUGCUUCCCUGGUCUGACGGGCCCGGUAUAUGAGGAGAACCCACUCUACCACGGUCCGACUCCACCCGCCUCCUCCUCCUCAGCCUCAGACCCCCCCUCAGAGGAGAAUAUCCCGGACCACUGUCGGCCUCUGUCACCAGACGCUUCCUCUGACGACCCGUUACCCAGCAUCUCCCAGGACUCAACAGAAGGUCAGAUCGAUGGUGACCCGCCUAAAGAGAACUCAGCCGUCACAGGGAGACAAGAGCCUUCAAACACUCCCACAGCGGCACGCAACGGACAGACGGACCCAGAACAACAAUACACGAGUGAGUUACAUAGAAUCAGUGUUAACUACGGUUCAGGGAAAGGAGAUGACGACACGUACACCUUCUCUGAUGACCAGAGCUCCUGCCAUGAUGAGUGCAGUGAGGACGGAGCUCUGGCUGAAGACACUCUCGACUACGCUUCGACUCUGGCCUCAAAACAAAACCUCUGCAAACAGCCUUGUAUCCUCAUCAUGGACUCCCUGCGAGGUCCGACGCGGUCGACCGUGGUCAAAACUCUCAGAGAGUACCUGGAGGUGGAGUGGGAGGUGCGUAAAGGGACUCAGAGGAGUUUUGGGAAGGAUGUGAUGAAGGGCUCGAGCCCACGCGUGCCUCAGCAGGAUAACUUCAGCGACUGUGGCGUUUAUAUCCUGCAGUACGUGGAGAGCUUCUUCGAGAAUCCGAUCGUGAGUUUCAGCCUCCCUGUGAAUCUGUCUGAGUGGUUUCCUCAGCAGAGGAUGAAGACGAAGCGUGAGGAGAUCAAGGAUCUGAUCCUGAGGAUUAAAGAGCAACAAGAACCGGACAAAAAGGAGUCGGAUCAGGACGAGGCUCCUUGUGGUUCAUCCGAAGAGCCCGACAUCCAAGAGACUUCUGGGUCCACAGACCGGCCUUCCAACCUUCCCAUCAGCCCCUGAAACCACCGCCCUCUUCCUCAUCCUCCCUUGUGGGGUCCAGUAAGAGGACAGAGCCUGAUUGUAUGCUGCUGGUUUUCCUUUACCGUGUCUGGAACGGUCCUUAACUCCCUCCAUACCCACAGACGUUCAACUCCUUUAAGAUUUGUAAGAAAUAAACGUGUAAAUAUGCUGGAGUUUUCCCGCUGCCUUUGUAAUUUUCAGUCAUUAAGUGGCCCGUUAACUUAUGUUUUCAUAGAUGUUCUUCUCUCCAGGAGGAUCCGUGCAGAAGAUACUGUGGCGCUCUUGCAUCCUUAUUUUUGAUGCUUUCUAGUUGUGUAGAGGAAAACAAAGACUUUAAAGAGACUGCUUAGAGGAAGUUGCUGUCCUUUGUAAGUUAUCGAUCCACAUGUGAGGAACAAUAAAAAAAAAAGACUGUUCUCAGAGAGCUGACUUCCAGUUCUCGAGUCACAUACGUAGUUCAGUGCUUUCUGUGUCUCUUCAUGUGGAGUGGGUGAAUUCAGCAUUAAAAGAAACCACAGAUGCAAGAGCACUUCCUUUGCCUUAGCUUUUAUUUGUGCUGUCGGAAAGUCUUGUUUUAUUUGGAAAUGUUUAGAAUUUAUUUCCCUCAUUUGUAGGUCCAGAGAUGCUCUGACAAAGGACUCCAGAUGUUUAUUUCAAAGUGCUUAUUGUGCAUAUUUAUUAAUGUAAAGAAAUAAAAAUUGGUCAAACCUGGACUAUCUACAGGAGGGAAAUGCCUCAUGUCAGUGAGGAGAGAUCAUUUUACAUUUUUGCACUAAUAUUUGUCCACACCGUGU